GCAGACGAUAUUUGUAGGGGAGCGCGGCGCCGCCCAGUCAGUGUCACACAGAGUCAACCCGAAGAACAUUGUGAGACAGUCUUCCAUCCAGUAUUGUGUACAGAAAUACAUAUUUAUAACUAUCUAUUGAAUCCGAUCAACGUUCUGAAGUGUAUUAUACAAUGAGGUGUUGGGUAGCCCUAGGCCUGGUGGCCACCGUGGCCGUAUUGGUCACAGCCAAGGAGUCGAAGAAGGAAGAGGUGGGAACUGUCAUCGGUAUUGACCUUGGCACCACUUACUCAUGUGUGGGUGUGUUCAAAAAUGGGAGAGUUGAGAUCAUUGCUAAUGACCAGGGCAACAGGAUCACACCCUCCUACGUAGCAUUCACUGCUGAUGGGGAGCGACUCAUUGGUGACUCUGCCAAGAACCAGCUCACCACCAACCCUGAGAAUACCAUCUUUGAUGCCAAGCGGCUCAUUGGCAGGGAAUGGACCGACAAAUCUGUCCAGCAUGACAUCCAGUUCUUCCCCUUCAAGGUCAUCAAGAAGAACGAAAAGCCCCACAUUCAGGUUUCCACUUCACAGGGAGAGAAGGUGUUUGCUGCAGAAGAGGUCUCUGCCAUGGUCCUUGGAAAGAUGAAGGAAGUUGCUGAGGCUUAUCUCGGAAAGACCGUCACUCAUGCUGUCGUCACUGUCCCUGCCUACUUCAACGAUGCCCAGCGACAGGCAACAAAGGAUGCCGGCACAAUUGCUGGAUUGACAGUCAUGAGGAUCAUCAAUGAGCCUACAGCUGCUGCCAUUGCCUAUGGUAUUGACAAGAAGGAAGGAGAGAAGAACAUUCUUGUGUUUGAUCUCGGUGGUGGCACCUUUGACGUCUCCCUGCUCACUAUUGAUUCCGGCGUGUUUGAAGUGGUGGCCACAAAUGGCGACACUCAUCUUGGUGGUGAGGACUUUGACCAGCGUGUCAUGGACCACUUCAUCAAGCUGUACAAGAAGAAGAAAGGCAAGGACAUCAGAAAGGACAACCGUGCUGUUCAGAAGCUCCGUCGUGAGGUUGAGAAGGCAAAGAGGUCCCUGUCUGCUAGCCACCAGGUCAGGAUUGAAAUUGAAUCCUUCUUUGAAGGAGAGGACUUCUCAGAGACACUCACCCGUGCCAAGUUUGAGGAGCUGAACAUGGAUCUCUUCAGGUCUACCAUGAAGCCAGUGCAGAAGGUGCUUGAGGACUCUGACCUGCAGAAGAAGGAAAUCGACGAGAUCGUGUUGGUGGGCGGCUCCACUCGUAUUCCCAAGAUCCAGCAGCUGGUGAAGGAAUUCUUCAAUGGCAAGGAGCCAUCCCGAGGUAUCAAUCCUGAUGAGGCUGUUGCAUAUGGUGCUGCUGUCCAGGCUGGUGUGCUGUCUGGUGAGGACGACACCAAUGACCUUGUGCUGCUUGAUGUCAACCCUCUGACUCUUGGAAUUGAGACUGUGGGUGGAGUCAUGACCAAGCUCAUUUCCCGUAACACUGUCAUCCCCACCAAGAAGUCCCAGAUCUUCUCCACUGCCUCUGACAACCAGCACACUGUCACUAUCCAGGUAUUCGAGGGUGAGCGACCCAUGACCAAGGAUAACCACAUCCUUGGAAAGUUUGACCUGACCGGCAUCCCCCCAGCUCCUCGUGGUGUGCCUCAGAUUGAAGUGACCUUUGAGAUCGAUGCUAAUGGUAUCCUCCAGGUAUCUGCUGAAGACAAGGGCACUGGCAAUAAGGAAAAGAUUGUCAUCACCAACGACCAGAACCGCCUCACUCCAGAGGAUAUCGAACGCAUGAUCAAGGAUGCUGAGGUGUUUGCUGACGAGGACAAGAAGCUGAAGGAGCGUGUUGAGUCCAGGAAUGAGCUGGAGUCGUAUGCCUACAGCCUGAAGAACCAGGUGAAUGACAAGGAAAAGCUUGGAGCCAAGCUUACCGAUGAGGACAAGGAAAAGAUCGAGGAAGCCAUUGAUGAGAAGAUCAAGUGGCUGGAGGACAACCCUGAUUCUGAGGCUGAAGAUUAUAAGGCUCAGAAGAAGGAACUGGAGGACAUUGUGCAGCCGAUCAUUGCCAAGCUGUACCAGGGUGCUGGUGGCACUCCUCCCACUGGUGAAGAGGAGUUCGAUAAGGACGAAUUGUAAAGUUAUUAGUUUAUGAGUAACUUAUUGGUUUUGUGAUGGAAGUACAUUUUUCUCAUGCUCAUCUUAGGACAUAUUCAGCAGCUGCUCAUCUCAUGGUUGAAUGAAUGAUGUUACACUUUUUAAGUAUGUAUGCACAAGUCCAUUCCAGGUGUGUGAACGGAUGAUCUGUUUAUAAUAAAUGAUGCUAGUAAAAA